GCUGCAGCGGAGAGAGGGGAGGAGGCUUUGUCAAAACUAUGCUUUUUGAUGGGAUUAUUUGCACUAAGGAUAAAUGAUCGUCUCGGAUCAGUUUGUUUGCUGCAUCAACAAUGUUUAAUCGAGCACGGAAGGAACAUGUCUGGAUCCCCGUUAUCGUUUUUCUUUGUCUUUGUGACGGGUCUGCCUCGCAGUUGUCGUACUCCGUAUCCGAGGAGGUGAACAAAGGCACCGUAGUUGGGAACAUCGCAAAGGAUUUAAACCUCAAUGUACAAGAACUAGAGACCAGGGAUCUGAGAAUUGUUUCCAGUUACAGUAAGAAAUACUUUGACGUGAAUUUGCGAACUGGAAACCUCUUUGUUGACGAGAGAAUAGACAGAGAGGAGCUCUGCCCGAAUGUGUUGAAAUGCUCGCUAAAAAUACAAGCUCUUUUAAAUAACCCGAUGACGGCGCAUCGCGUAGAGGUUAACGUUCUGGACAUAAAUGAUAAUUCACCUGCUUUUACUGAAAACACAUAUUAUUUGGAAAUUUCCGAAUCGUCUGUAACAGGAGAGCGUUAUUACCUCCCAGUAGCUCAAGAUGCGGACACGGGCAUUAACACAGUGAAAACCUACAAGCUGAGUCAAAAUGAGCACUUCUCACUUGACGUGCAGAGCGGAGGAGAACACGGUGUUUCUGCGGAGUUAGUGCUGCAGAAGGCGGUGGACCGAGAGAAGGAGCCGGUGAUCACGCUUACAUUGACCGCUGUAGACGGAGGAAAACCGUCUAAAUCUGGAUCCUUACAGAUACGUGUGAAUGUUAUCGAUGUUAAUGAUAACAUACCAACGUUCAGUAAAACCCUUUAUAAAGUGCGUGUGAAAGAAGAUGCGACACCUGGUACUCUUGUUAUUAGACUAAAUGCAACAGAUUUAGACGAAGGCAUGAACAGUAAGAUCACGUACUCCUUGAUAAAACAUGGUAACAUCGAUCCAUCGAUAUUUGAUUUAAAUUCAGAAACAGGAGAAAUUACACUCAAGGGAACAUUAGAUUAUGAAGAGACACCUGCUUAUGAAGUCAGAGUUCAAGCGACUGAUCAAGGCCACUCCCCUCGUAGUGCAUAUGCUAAACUACUCAUAGAGAUAAUUGAUGUUAAUGACAAUGCACCAGAAAUUUCUGUCACCUCACUUAUGACUCCUGUCAAAGAGGAUGCGGAACUGGGGACAAUAGUAGCUUUGGUUACAGUCAGUGAUAAAGAUGCAGGAAACAACGGUGUAACUCACUGUCAAGUACUUGGAUCUGUCCCUUUUAAACUACAGUCCAAGUACAAGAAUGACUAUUCAUUAGUAGUAGAUGGAGCGUUGGACAGAGAAACCAUGUCUGUUUAUAAUGUCACUAUUACAGCUACAGAUGAAGGGAAUCCACCACUUUCUAGUAUGAAGGUUGUUACUGUUCAUGUCUCAGAUGUCAAUGAUAACGUGCCUCGAUUCAAGGAGCCUGUGAUAAAUGUUUAUGUUAAAGAAAAUAGUCCAACAGGCUCCGUGAUUCACACAGUUCAGGCCUCUGAUGCUGAUCUAGAUGCUAAUGCACAACUGUCUUUCACUGUGUUGGACAGUUCACAAAAAAAUAUCCCAGUUUCAUCAUUUGUAAACAUAAACUCAGAGACUGGAAAUAUAGUCAGUUUACAGUCAUUUAACUUUGAGGAGAUGAAGACGUUUCAGUUUAAAGUCCAGGCCACAGACUCUGGUCUUCCUCCGCUCAGCAGCAACGUGACCGUCAACGUUUUCAUCCUGGAUGAGAACGACAACAGUCCCUCCAUUCUCGCUCCCUAUUCUGAGCUGGGCUCCGUUAACAGUGAGAGCAUCCCCUAUUCUGCUGAAGCAGGAUACUUUGUGGCAAAGAUCAGGGCUGUAGACGCAGACUCUGGAUACAACGCGCUGCUCUCUUACCACCUGUCUGAGCCCAAAGGAAACAACCUCUUCAGGAUCGGAACCAGCAACGGGGAAAUCAGGACUAAGAGGAGAAUGAGUGACAAUGACCUGAAAACUCACCCCUUGGUGGUGCUGGUCUCUGAUAACGGAGAACCCUCCCUGUCGGCUACUGUGUCUAUUGAUGUGGUGGUGGUGGAAAGCACAGCUGACCUCCAGACUCCGUUCAGACAUGUGCCCAUGAAGGAGGAGAGCUUCUCUGUUCUCAACCUGUACCUGCUGAUCGCCAUUGUGUCGGUGUCCGUGAUCUUUCUGCUCAGCCUCAUCACUUUAAUAGCUGUCAAAUGUCACAGGACAGACGGCAGCUUCAGCAGGUACAGCGCCCCAAUGAUCACCACCCACCCUGACGGGAGCUGGUCUUACUCUAAGGCUACUCAGCAGUACGACGUCUGCUUCAGCUCAGACACGCUCAAGAGUGACGUAGUGGUUUUCCCAGCUCAGUUUCCUCCUGUGGACGGGGAGCUGAUCAGUAUAAAUGGAGGAGACACGUUUACCAGGACUCAGACUUUACCUAGUAAAGAGAAGGUAGGCCAUCUUUUUUUGGAAGUUUAUUAUCAAACAUGCCCUUCUUCCUUCAGGGACACAUCAUUCAACAUCUGUAAAAGAACUCUCACUCUGCUUACAAUGGUGACAUACCCUCAUUGUUUGAUACAAUCUAUGGUAAAAUGCCAAAUAAGCUCAAAGAUAAUUCAUAGAGACAUAUCCAACGAGUGCAGUGUGCUGCUUUUUGUGUUAUCCUGAAUCUUGUUCAGUGGC